AUGCCUGGGUGUCCUACCAUUGAACUUGGUUCUGACACAAACUCCCCAGAGUUACUGCAGACCCCAGAGGUCCCAGGAGACUACAGCAAACGAGUGUAUCAAGGUGUGAGAGUGAAGCACACAGUCAAAGAUCUGCUGGCAGAAAAGCGAUCCCGGCAGACAACUAGCUCAAGAUUUAACGGCAGCGCCAGUUCCUCCCCGUCUCCGUUUGUCCAGAUGCCAGGUUCACCGGUCAUGUCAGGCUACUAUGGUGUCAGAAGAGCUUUCCUGUCUGACUCCGAUUUCCACAACACCAAACAAUUUGCAAACGACGUCUGCAGCUCCAGCGUGGGGAAGCCCUUUCCCUGCGAGCCGCCCGCCAGCCAGAGCCACCCCGCCCUCCUGGAUUCCUACUUCCCCGAGCCCUUCGGGGACCACCGGCCGCCUGCCCUGCCCCCCAGCACCGGCCCCCUGUUCGGAGCGUCGCCGCUGCCGCCGCUCUUGCCGCCGCCCUUCCCCGGCGACCCCACGCACUGCGUGCUGAGAGACUCGUGGGAGCAGACAGUGCCGGAUGGCCUCAGCCUGCUGGACCCUGUGCCCACUGAUGCCCUGCAGACCUUGCCACCCAGCACGAGUUGCCUCUCCCAGCUGGAGUCAGGGAGCACCACCCAGCACAGGAGCUCAAGCUGGGGACCCCCCUUGGCUGGGGCUCAGUCAUAUUCUUUGCAUGCAUUGGAAGAUCUGUACCACACACCAGGGUAUCCUACCCCACCCCCAUAUCCCUUCACCCCUUUCACGACAGUGUCCAAUGACCUACCACCCAAGGUGGUGCCCCUUUCCCCAGAUGAGGGGGCUGAUGCCUCUGCUCUUCAGGACCCUUCUUCAUGGACCAGAGAGGAAGGGAGCAUGGUGUGGGGGUCAUACGAAUGCCGCAGAGCUUACUGA